CUACGUUUUUAGGAGCUAGUGAGAUACACGUAUUUCGGGAGGCAGUAGUCUCUGGCUUGUUGCCUAUCAAGUGUAUGCAAAUCGCUUGUUUUAUGCAUCGCCAAUGACCCUCUUGACCUCGCGAUUAGAAUCAACUUAAGAACUCGCCUCGCCUACUUCGAAAACCUAAGAUUGUUUUCUGCCCACCACCAUUGCGAACUGUCACUACUUCAAUUACAUCUCUUUAACCAAACGUCUGCCUUAUCCAAUCAUGUUCUCAAGCUUACUUCUCGCUGCCCUAUCAGGAACGGUAGCUGCCACCUCUGUUGCCAACCCGGGAAACCUCACUCUCAAGUACUUGGAAUCCCUGCCAACCUUGACUUCUGGGACGGAAUGCGCUUGCAACCAGCUAUCCAAGAAAUUUGGAAAUGCCCUCCUGGGCUUGAACUCAACCGGCUAUACGACUCAUGCCCAAGACUUUUACGACAUUCGGGCAGUCCUUGAGCCAAGAUGCAUUUUCAUGCCGACGGAUGCGCAGCAGGUCGCCGCAGGCAUCUCGAUCCUUGCAUCUUGUGGUGCACAGUUCGCCAUUCGUGGGGGUGGUCACAUGAACGUAAGCUAUGAUUGUCAUUGCUGCUACGGCGGCGUCUUACUUGCACUUAACCUCCUAACCGACAUCGAAAUAAGCCCCGACAAUUCGACUGUCAGUGUCGGGCCCGGAAACCGAUGGGUAGAUGUCAGGCAACUUCCCUCUCGCCUAAUUUUUCUUGGCAUCUGCUGUUAG